GGUAGGCGGAAAACCGCCGAUUGGUUCGAGGAUCUAGGGAAAUCCAAACCAAGAUGGCGGCCACGCGACGCUCGUCACCGCUUCGGGUUCUUACAUGCAUGUCACAUCUACGUGCUGCACAAUUAAGGAGGUCAGUGCCAUCUGUCGCGCAAGAGGGGAAUCGCAAACUGUGAAUUCGAUGGAAAUUUUAGGAAAUUUCUAGCCACUCCGAUUAAAACAUCGGGUGAUCGUGCCAUAACCUAGAAUUACGAGAAAACACAUGGUUGCGGCAUUUUAAUGUGUAAAUAUGGAAGAAGAUAAAGAUACUGAAAAUUUGGAGGAAGAUGAGGAGGCCAAGGUUGUUACGUGGAAAGAUUUGGGUAUUGUUGACACGUUAUGUCAAGCCUGUGAAGACCUGAAAUGGAAGACGCCUUCAAAAAUUCAAAGAGAAGCUAUUCCGUUAGCUUUGGAGGGUAAAGAUGUUAUCGGGUUGGCUGAAACUGGGUCUGGUAAAACGGCAGCUUUUGCGAUACCGAUACUACAGGCGUUACUGGAAAAUCCUCAGAGAUACUUUGCACUGAUCCUUACCCCAACUAGAGAAUUAGCAUUUCAAAUUUCCGAACAAUUUGAAGCACUGGGUUCAAGUAUUGGUGUAAAAUGUGUUGUGAUAGUAGGAGGAAUGGAUAUGAUGUCACAGUCGUUAGUAUUAGCAAAGAAACCCCACAUUCUCAUUGCAACACCAGGAAGACUGGUUGAUCAUCUCGAAAAUACAAAGGGGUUUAAUUUACGAUCCUUAAAAUAUUUGGUUAUGGAUGAAGCUGACCGUAUAUUGAACAUGGAUUUUGAAGUAGAAGUCGACAAGAUACUCAGAGUUAUACCAAAAGAGAGAAGAACGUUUCUUUUUUCUGCAACAAUGACCAAGAAAGUUCAGAAAUUACAACGUGCAUCUUUGCGCAAUCCUGUGAAAGUGGAAGUCUCGACAAAGUACCAAACUGUAGAAAAGCUACAGCAAUACUACAUAUUCAUUCCUGUCAAAUUUAAGGAUGUCUACCUUGUUCACAUUUUGAAUGAAUUGGCAGGAAACAGUUUCAUGAUAUUCUGUGCCACUUGCAACAAUACAAUGAGAACAGCUUUGCUCCUACGUAGUCUGGGUUUUAUGGCGGUACCGUUACAUGGACAAAUGUCUCAAAAUAAAAGGAUAGCAGCUUUAACAAAGUUUAGAGCGAAGAACAGAUCCAUAUUAAUUUCUACAGAUGUGGCCAGUAGGGGUUUGGACAUUCCGCAUGUAGAUAUCGUUAUAAAUUUCGAUAUACCGACCCACAGCAAGGACUACAUCCAUCGGGUUGGUAGAACAGCUCGGGCUGGUCGGUCUGGGCGUUCUAUAACAUUCGUAACCCAAUACGAUGUUGAACUGUACCAACGAAUAGAACAACUAAUAUCUAAAAAACUACCCCUCUACGAAACGAUCGAAGAAGAAGUUAUGGUUCUACAGGAAAGAGUAUCGGAGGCCCAGCGCACCGUCAAAAUGGAAAUGAAAGAUAUCGAAGAGAACAAAAAGUCAGGUAAAGGAAGGAAACGAAAAGGCGGAGACAGGGACGAAAACGACGACGACGACACCGAACAGUCCCUGGGUGUGCGAAAACGAAUGAAGGGGAAAAGCAAAAGAAAAGGGAAAGGAAGAAAAGGCUAGCAAAGCUCGUAAAUCCGAAUGCAUGCCGCCUCCGUAAUCUCAGGUAUAAACGUCACGCCACGUGGUGCAUUCAGUGCCGAUACAGAAAUCCAUCCGCUAAACAACGAGCCAUAGAGCACGUACUGGGAAUGAUUUGACGUCAACUCUGUAAAUUUAUAAACCAACUUUUACUGCAGUAUCAUUUCUCUCGAACAAGUACAUCGUAUGACCUAAAAUGAGCUAAAAAAUCUACGGGCGCGACAACGCAAUUGGAGCGUUCCCUCCCGACGAUCGGUCUUUCGUUCCCUAAUCCUAAGACCGUCGCGAUUUCCCUACGUGAAUCGCUUGUAAAUAUCUCUUGAAGGCUUCGGUUUUAACGGGGGAAGUGCUAAACGGGUCGAUCGUUUCUCUCAUUCGUGGUCUCCUCGAGGAGGUCUUAUCAUCGUUUCGUUGGGAUGAGAUCGGCGUUAUCAAGCCGCGCGGGUCGCUAUGUAAGAAGAGAAAUUUAAGCGGGGGAAACGUAUUUACACAAUGUUAAGCUAAGAACACCUUAUCGAAAGUUCUGUCCUUACAUAUCCCGCAGCGGUAACAAUACUUGCGACGACGGCGGCAAGUGGGCGAGAAUAAAUUCCUACGAACUAGUUCCCCGAAUGCGCUCUCUUCCUGGGGGGCAGAAAAUCGAUUGCUCCGGUCUUGCUCUUCGCGUGCCGGUAGUAAAAUGAUGAUCACCUUUUCAUUUAUUUUUUUUUUACUAGGCUCACGUUGCUCUCGCAUCCGCCACGAGUUCCAAGAGACAUAUCGGAGGGAAAAGUAAAAGCUGCCGGCGAAGAUGCGAGCGUCCGAUACGACGUAGAAUACUAGCGAGGCGUACCGAGACGGUCCAUCGUUAAGGGGACAUGAAAGUAGCAUCCAAAAGCUCAAUCGUACAUCAAACUGUUUUCCGAACCGGGUCUACCAAAUCGUUUCAAGCUUUACAACGUGAAUACAGAGACUACGACGAAGGUCCCGACACCCAUGAAUUUCAAUUUUUCUUUUCUUAAAUUUAUUUAUAGACCUUUUGAAAAUCUUGUAUAAAAAACCGAAUUCCACGUGUGUCGGGACCUUCCUUAUAGCCUUAAUAUUCACACUGAAGUUUGAAACGAUUCGGUGCACCCAGUCCGGGGAAGUUUCACAAACGAGAUGUCCGAUGCCAGUUUUCCAUCGCCUUAAGGGAGAAUUAACGAUUCCCGAUAUCGCUUCCGGGGCUUAAAGCCCGUUACAAAGAAGACGACGGCCUUCCUUUCUCCCCGCUACUCGUACGCAGAGUAAUUACAAACGCAGUCGGUCGUCGGUGGAUUACAAUUCUUAGCGGCGAGCGUGCAGGGUGAGAUAUCGGCGAUCGCUAAUCUCGGAUCUCGGGUCGUGGAGCGAAAAGGGGGGGCAACGCAUUUCUACGGGCCUCCUGUGUCUAGCCUCUAGCACUGAUUACAACGAUAACGCGAGUCGGUUCCUUCGAGCGAGCGGGGCGGGCGAUUAACCGGAAGGGUACGAGAGUGUCUACGGCGUCUAGUCGCUUGAAGCCGAGCCUAAUGGAUGGAAUGUCGUUAAGUUCCGCACCUACGUUGUUAAUUACAAUACUACCGGGGCGUCUCGCGAGACGGAGAGACUUCCCCGACUCUCGUCGAGUGCUGACAGAGAACCCAGGUUCGAUUCCACCCUCGAGAAUGAGAAAUAAAAUAUACUCCAUAAUAU